AUGAGCGGCGCGAACAAGAACAACCAUUGUAGCGACAGCGACGACUGCUCCGCCCCGCUGCCCGAGGAGCUCGCCACCCACUACCCCUACACCGAAACGGGCGGGAAUGUCCUUGCCGCAGACAGCGCUGCUGUCACAACGAUGAAGCGCGCCGCGGGCGAGUCCUGCUCCUCGUCCAGCGUCGACGCACUGGCCGCGCCACAAGCCAAAUCGACUGGCGUGCGCGGGGUCUUCGAGAGGGUCUACUCCAUCAUUCCCCAUGGUGGGCUGGUCGCCAACAUCUACAAUCUGGCAAGCGCCACCCUCGGUGCCGGAAUUGUCUCUGUGCCGUCCGGCUUUCACCAGUCUGGUAUGGUGGUGUCGGCUGUGCUGCUCGCCGUUGUGUGUGCGUGCACCAUCUACUCCAUUCGCUUGCUGGGUCAGACGAAGCUGAAGACGGGUCUGCGGUCGUAUGAGGAGAUGGCACGCGGCAUGCUGGGCCGCGGCUGGGACUACUUUACGGCGUUCCUCAUGCUAAUGUUCUGUUGGGGCACGUGCGUCGGGUACGUCAUCUCAAUCGGCGACUUGCUGUCGCCGAUGCUGGAUGGCCCCAACACGAACGCGUUCCUCAAGACGGACAAUGGCCACCGCCUGCUCAUUGGACUGAUUUGGUUCGUUGGCAUGUUCACGCUGUCGCUGCCGAAGGAGAUCAACUCGCUACGCUACGCCUCUGUGGUCGGCGUGUCUUUUGUCGUCUUCUUCGUCAUCUGCGUGAUCAUCCACUCCGCCCGCAACGGCCUCAAGAACGGCAUCCGCAAGGACAUCGUGCUCAUCAACAACGGCAUGCCGGCCGUCAACGGUCUCACGCUGUUCAUUUUCGCAUUCAUCUGCCAAGUGAACGUGUUUGAGAUUUUCGACGAAAUGCAGAAGCCCACGCUCGGCCGCAUGACGCGCGACGCGACGAUCAGCAUGCUCGUCGUGGCGUUGCUGAACUUCUUCUCUGGCUUCUUCGGCUACUGCGACUUUGGCGCGGAGGUGGACGGCUCGAUUCUGCUGCUGUACCGCCCGCUUGAGGAGCCGCUCUUCAUGAUUGCGUACAUUGGUAUUUGCAUCAAGCUGUGCGUCGGCUUCGCCAUCUGCAUCCAGCCCUCGCGCGAUGCCAUCUACUACUGUCUGGGGAUGGGCAAGACGUCUGAUGUGAAGGACUGGCUGAACUGGAUCGUGAGCGGCGUCCUUGCCCUUGCUGCGCUCAUCUGCGGUCUCUUCAUCCCCAGCAUCAACGUCGUCUUCUCUCUGCUCGGCGGUAUCUGCGGUGGCUUUCUCGGCUUCAUGUUUCCAGCGUACUUCUUCAUCUACUCGGGUGGCUUCACGCUCAAGAAGGUCGGCAUCCUGAACUACCUUGGCUGCAUCGUGCUGGUCGUUGGUGGCGUGGUCGCCGUCGUCUUCGGCACAGGUGUUGCCAUCUUCAGCGAGAUCCCUUGA